UCGAGCGUUGCGAUCGCCGAGCGUUGUGACCUUAACGCUUCCUUGAUUGUCGGGGAGAUCGCCUUGUGAUUGUCUCUAGGCCAAAGCGGGCUCAGUGCAUGAAUCUGAAAGACGGGUAGAAAUAAACAGCCGGAAUCACAUUGCAAUUAAUGAUUACAACAGCCGAAUAUAUGGCGGUGGUGAUUUUGUGGUGAAUUGUCCACGUGAAUAAAGUAUCAAAUUUAGUAGAAUAAUUAAAAAGAUUUUAAUCAUGGCGAAAUGGGAUUUAACGCCAAAAAUUGCGCAGUAUUUAGACCGACAUUUAGUAUUUCCUCUGUUAGAAUUUAUGUCUGUUAAAGAGAUCUAUGAUGAAAGAGAUAUGCUGCUUGCAAAGCUAGAUAUUGUUCGUAACACUAAGAUGAUUGAUUUUGCUAUUGAUUGCCACAAACUUCUUUAUCCUGGCACAAAUAUUCCCGAAGGUAAAGGUUCUUUUCUUCCUACAUUUUAUAAUAAAUUUUAUCACUGUGUUUCAGAAACAGUUAUGUAUUUAUAUUCAUCUAUUUGCCACUAAUCAGGGAUGAGUUGC